GAAGCGCAGCGGCGAGGAGAACCCAGAUUCCCCCUCAAGGAAGCUUCCCGCCCGGCGGAGCGGGCUCAACAGGAACCACCGUGCAUUGAUUACCAUGGAUAAUUAUGAUGUGAUUAAGGUCAUUGGGGAAGGUGCCUUCGGGAAAGCAUUCUUGGCUAACGGGAAAUCAGAUGGCAAGUACUGUGUUAUUAAAGAGAUCGAUUUUGCGAAGAUGCCCAACCAAGAAAAAGAAGCUUCAAAGAAAGAAGUAAUUCUUCUGGCCAGAAUGAAGCAUCCCAACAUUGUAACCUUCUUCAGUUCGUUUCAAGAGAACAACAGGUUGUUCAUUGUGAUGGAGUACUGUGACGGAGGGGAUCUCAUGAGAAGGAUCCAUAGACAACGGGGAGUGUUAUUUAGUGAAGAUCAGAUUCUGAGUUGGUUUGUACAGAUUUCUCUAGGACUAAAAUAUAUUCAUGACAGGAAGAUCUUACAUAGAGACAUAAAAGCUCAGAACAUUUUUCUUAGCAAGAGUGGAAUGGUUGCAAAGCUUGGGGACUUUGGUAUAGCAAGAGUUCUGAACAAUUCCAUGGAACUCGCUAGAACUUGUGUUGGAACGCCAUACUACCUAUCCCCAGAGAUCUGUCAGAAUAAACCCUACAACAAUAAAACGGAUAUUUGGUCUCUUGGCUGUGUCUUAUAUGAGCUUUGCUCACUCAAGCAUCCUUUUGAGGGUCACAACUUACACCAGUUGGUUCUGAAGAUUUGUCAAGCGCAUUUUGCCCCAAUACCCACAACGUUCUCCUGUGACCUGCAAGCCUUGAUAUCUCAACUCUUUGAAGUAUCUCCCCGAGAUCGGCCGUCUAUUAAUUCCAUUUUGAAAAGGCCCUUUUUAGAGAACCUUAUUGCCAAAUACUUGACUCCUGAGGUCAUUCGGGAGGACUUUAGCCACAGCCUCACACAUAAAGCAAGACGGUUGGCUUCUCAACCUGCACGGAAGGAGGUCCAAGAUUCUAUGAUACAGAAAGCAAGAUUCCAGGGAAAGUGUCUACCAAGAUCAAGGCUAUCAGAGCCAUUUAAAAGGAAGGAGAUAUUGUAUAGAAAUGAAAAGAGACCCCCAGCUGGAGCUCAGAAGCCUGUAUCUAUAAAAAUGGUAGAAAGGCCCAAAUUUGCUGCAAUGCGUGGACAUUAUGACUAUUAUUAUGCCCAACUUGAUGUGUUGAAGAAGAGAGUGCACAAACCAAUUUACCACUGUGUUCCUCAAAAAGAUUCUGGAGUUGAGGAGAAUUAUAAUCAGGAAGAAAACCAUAGUCCGUCACCAGGUCAAUGGCCUGUGGAAUACCUUCAGAGGAAAUGUGAAGCCCAACAAUAUAAGCUGAAAGUGGAAAAGCAGUUGGGUCUCCGUCCAUCUUCUCCUGAGCCGAAUCACCACCGAAGACAAAAGCGAAGAAAUGAUGGAGAAGAGCCUCGAUUCCAGGAGCUGCAGAUCAGGAGAAACGAAGUGAAGGAACAGGAAUAUUGGAAGCAGUUAGAGGAAAUACGCCAACAGUACCACAACGACAUGAAGGAAAUUAGAAAGAAGAUGGGGAGUGAACUGGAGGAGGACUCAAAAAUAAGUCAUAAUACCUAUUUAGUGAAGAAAAGCGACCUGCCCAUCCACCAAGAGGCGCCUGAGGAAGGAGCUUGUAUGCAGGACAUUGAAAGAGACUUGAAACAAAUGAGAGUUCAGAACAUAAAGGAAAGUUUAGUUCUAGAACAAAACUGUAAAGCUAAGAGAGGGGUGAAGUUUGAAAUUAGUUUAAACCAAUGUAUUUCUGAUGAAAACACCCUCCAAGAGGAAGAGGCAAUGGAUGUGUGCAAUAAAACUGUGACCUUUGACGAUGGCAUGAAGCUUAAGGAAUAUAAAUGUGUGAAGGAGUAUGAAGAGUAUACAGACAAAGCAUUUGAAGAACUCUGUGGCCCAGAAGCAGAGUUGUUCAUUCAAGACCCUGGCGCUGCUGCAGAGAGCAGGAGACGGUGGGAUGCACAAGCUCCUCAGACUCUGCUGGAGAUGAUGACAGCGGGUGACGUACCCUCCACCUGCUCCACUGGGCCUGAGGGUGGCCAAGGGAUGGUGACCUCAGGCAUUCCAGAAAACAGGAGACGGUGGCGGCAUGAAGCGCCUGGAGCUUUAAUGAGCGCUUGGGCUGCAGCACGUCUGACAAGUAGCUCGUUUUCUGCCCACGAAGGCGAAUGGGUGGGAACAUUAGAACAAAGGCUUCCUAAAGAAGAUGAGGGGAAUAUGGAAAUGGCCUCUGGCAUUGAAGUAGAUGAGGAACAACCAAGAUCUGACGAUGAUGAUACGCACACAAUUCCCCUUCUAGAAUCAACCAAUCGGAUAUGCCUCCUUUGUACAUUUCUCCUGAGGAAUUCCAUUAAACUAAAUUUUGAAGAAUCUGAAGAUGAGUUGAGAAAUGAAGUAGUAGAAUCUCUGGGAAAACCUGCUCCUUCCAAAGAGGAAGAAAAAAUAGAAGAGACUCCUGGUUUCUCUAAGGGUGCUGAAAAAUUAGGAGGAGAGAAGAUAAGCACCCAGAAAUAUACAGAAUUAAAUGAAGAUUUAGAGAAUAUUUCUACUCAAGCUGACGACAAAGUAUGCAUUGCAGGAGAAAACCAAGAAACAUCAACAACCCAUCAAAAUAUACAAGUGUGAUUAUUGCAGUUUUUCUUAAGUGAUAAGUUAGUAUCUAUUAACUGUAGUAUCUGGUUGGGUCCAAGUCAUAAACAUUCAUUUUGUAAGAGUUUUCUAAUAAUCCCAGGGAUUUAUUGUUUUUUUUUUAAUUGGGUUAUAUUAGUUAGCAUACAGUACAUCACUAGUUUUUGAUGUAGUAGUGUUCCAUGAUUCAUUGUUUGCCUAUAACACCCUGUACUCCAUGCAAUCUGUGCCCUCGAUACCCAUCACUAGGCUAGACCUUGAGACUGACCAAUUUGAGUGUAGAAAUUAAUAUUUUACUUUAAAAUUUCUAUCAGGAAAUCUUUGGGAAAAUAUAUGUGGUAGGCAGACAGAGUAAUGUGUCUCUCUUCCUGCCACCCUCCCUCCCAGUACACCCAACAAUGUGAAUAUAUUGUUACAUGGCAAAGGGGAAUUAAAGUUGCAGGUAAAAUUAAGGCUGCUAAUCAGAUGACCUUCAAAGAGGGGAAGGCUUUUCUUUCACUAUCCAGGUGGAUCCAAUGUAAUCACAGGGCUAUUUAACAGUGGAAGAGGGAGGCAAAGAGAGAACAGGAAGAUGUCAGUGAGAGAGGGGCUCAGCCUGGUGCUGCUAGCUUGAAGACGGAGGAAGGGGCCAGAGGCCAAGGAAUCCAAGCAGCUUCCAGAAGCUGGGAAAGGCCAGGCGAUAGACUUUCCCCAGAAGUCUGCAGAAGGAACACAGUCUUGCUGACAUCUUGAAUUUAGCUCUAUGAAAUCCACUUUAGACUGCUGCCCUGCAGAACUGUAAGAUAAUAAAUGUGUGUUGUUUUAACUAAGUUUGCUAAUUUGUUAAGACAAGGAAAGAAAACCAAUACAGUGUACAAAGUAAUUCACUUAGAAUAAUGAAUGUACCAUUUUAGAAAACCAUGACACUGAAAUUUCUUAACUUCUAUUAAAUACUUUUUUGAAGCAGGUGUUGACUCUUAAGGGAGUAGGUUAACUGAGCACAGAGGAUCAAGGCAUGUCAUGUUAAUUAUGCACCAAAUAAUCAUCUUACUAUGUUUUAUUGAAUUAAUUUCUAACAGCUUCAAAUGUGUAGAUUAUAAAUUACUUAAGGUCAGGGACUCUACCUGGUCGUUGUAUCUUAUGCUGGUCUUUUUACAUAUGGGGCUUAGCAGAGUGCCACAUUAUAACAAUCCCAGUAUUGAACAUGUGCCUGGGGCUUA